GGCGCGGGGCGGGUCGGCGCCUUUGUGUGAGCCGGGCCGGGAUGGUGCGGGGCGCCGGGCGGAGCCCCUUGCCCUGCCAGUUCCUGGCUGCCCAUCACCUCCUGCUCCCGCCGUGGAUGAAAGCGUGAAGGCCGAGCUGACCAGGAGAAGGGACUUUUAAGCAGCUGCUAAGAUGGGCAUGAGGAUCAAGCUGCACAGCACCAACCACCCCAACAACCUGCUGAAGGAACUCAACAAGUGCCGGCUCUCCGAGACCAUGUGCGACGUCACCAUCCUGGUGGGCUCCCGCUCCUUCGCCGCGCACAAGGCCGUGCUGGCCUGCGCCGCCGGCUACUUCCAGAACCUCUUCCUCAACACGGGGCUGGACGCUGCCAGGACCUACGUGGUGGAUUUCAUCACUCCAGCCAACUUCGAGAAGAUCCUGAGCUUUGUGUACACCUCGGAGCUCUUCACAGACCUUAUCAAUGUGGGUGUUAUCUACGAGGUGGCGGAGCGGCUGGGCAUGGAGGAUUUGCUGCAGGCCUGUCACUCCACCUUCCCUGACCUGGAGAGCUCGGCCAUCACCAAGCAGCCUGCCCUGGCCGUGGGGGAAGGCCGGGCUGGGCCUCUGAGCAGCACCUCCUCGGAGCAGAGCCACUCUCUGGGGGACAUCCGGAGCGGCGCGGAGCACUUCGGCCCCGAGCGGAAUUACCUCCUGCACGGGGACGUGGCGGGCAGCUACAAAGAGGAUGACAGGAACCCUGUGGGUGAGGCCAGCCAGGCUCUUCCCUUGAUGCACCCACAGCAGCCCCCCAAGACAGAACAGGAGUCGGAUCCGGGGCAGUUCGCUCCGGUUGCGGGUCUGGGGGCCCAGCCCGGCGGGAAUGUCGUGGCACAGACCACCGGCAGCUCCUGCCCUCAGUACAAGGCCCAGAGCAACGGCGACUACGGCAAGGGCGGCUUCUUCCCCGCUGACCCCUCCCUGGAUGUCUCCACGGGGAGCAACUCCUGCCCCAGCAACAGUGACCACUCCAAAGAGCAGGGAUUCGAGCAGAUGGAUGAGCUCCAGCUGGAGGAUUUGGGAGAGGCUGAGCUGCAUUUUGAGGAUGCUGGAGAAGAGCUGGUCCCGUCUGAGGAAGUGAUUGAGCUGAGCGACGACAGCGAGGAGGAGCUGGCCUUCGAGAGCGACGGCCGGGACAGCAAGGCCAUGCCCUGCCAGGUGUGCAAGAAGGUGCUGGAGCCCAACAUCCAGCUGAUCCGCCAGCACGCCAGGGACCACGUGGACCUGCUCACCGGGAACUGCAAAGUCUGCGAGACCCACUUCCAGGACCGCAACUCCAGGGUCACUCACGUGCUGUCCCACAUCGGCAUCUUCCUCUUCUCCUGCGACAUGUGCGAGACCAAGUUCUUCACGCAGUGGCAGCUGACGCUGCACCGGCGGGACGGGGUCUUCGACAACAACAUCAUCGUCCACCCCAGUGACCCCCUGCCGGGCAAGGCGGCCGUGUUUGGAGGAGGGCCCAGCCCCGAGCUGGCCUGCGCUGCCUGCGGGAAGCCCUUGGCCAAAGAUUUCCACACGGUCCGGAACCACCUGCUGGAGCACGUGAACCUGAAGAGCCAGACGUGCGGCGUGUGCGACCAGCGGCACCUGAGCCUCUGCAGCCUGCUGUGGCACACCCUGUCCCACCUGGGCAUCUCCGUCUUCUCGUGCUCCGUGUGUGCCAGCAGCUUCGUGGACCAGCAGCUCCUGGAGAAGCACCUGGCCGUGCACCAGCACGCGGAGGAGGCUCUUUUCCAGUGCCACUUCUGCAGCCAGAGCUUCAAGCUGGAAGCGGCCUAUCGGUACCACGUCAGCCAGCACAAGUGCGGGGGCAGCCUGGACAUCCGGGCGGGGUUCGGGGAGCGCCUGCAGCCGCAGGGGCUGCCCAAGAGGAAGCUGCCCGAGGAGUUCCUGAGCGAAGAGCUGGCGCUGCAGAGCCAGCCGGGGAACAGCAAGUACAGCUGCAAGGUGUGCGGCAAGAGGUUCGCCCACACCAGCGAGUUCAACUACCACCGGCGCAUCCACACCGGGGAGAAGCCCUACCAGUGCAAGGUGUGCCACAAGUUCUUCCGCGGGCGCUCCACCAUCAAGUGCCACCUGCGGACGCACUCGGGGGCCCUCAUGUACCGCUGCACCGUGUGUGGCCACUACAGCUCCACGCUCAACCUCAUGAGCAAGCACAUAGGGGUGCACAAGGGCAGCCUCCCGCCGGACUUCACCAUCGAACAGACUUUCAUGUACAUCAUCCAUUCCAAAGAGGCCGAGAAAAACACGGAUAGCUGAUGGGGCAGGGCAGGGCCGGCGAGGAGGAGAGAGUGUUAGUGAAUGGAAGCUGUGGAGAAAAAAAAAAAGAAAAAACAAAAGGAUGUCGUUUCGUUUUAUUUAAUGGUCAGGCAUCAUGGAUGGAAUUCUUUGGUUUUUUUGGGUUGGGGUUUUUUUUUUUCCGGUUUAAUUUUUUAAUUUUUGGGCCUUCCUAGGGCUUUUUAGAGUGAUGGCGUUGUACAAAUUAACAGCACGUGAGGUACAUCACUGUUUCAAGGAGUCUGUCGUGUUUACUUACCUCUGGUCCUGUUAGAGGCCAUCGAGUUCUGUGCUCUUAGCAUUUCUCACUAGUUUUUGAAUCUAGAUUCUAUUUUUUUUUAAACUUUUAGCCCACUUGAGCAGGCUAACCCUGAGCUUGUCCACAAACUGAUGCUGCUAAGAUUUUCACACCUGACCUCAGUGGAGAGGGAUGGAGUCAGAGCGGGUGCUGGACUCGAAGGAAAGGAAUGAAAGAGAAAGAAAAAAGGAAAAAAAAAAAAAAAAAGACAUUCUGGGCAUCCCUGGUGUUCUGCUGCUACUGCCAGGAGAUGGGCAAAGUGUGCUCUGGGAUCAGCCACGGCUGCGUUGCUGGGGAGAGGAGCAGGAAGCACCUGAGUGUGUAAACAAGGAGGAAUCCCAGCAGGGAGCCAGGAGAGGGGGGUUCGCAGAUUCCCAGGCCGUGUUUUCUCUGCCGUGGCUGGGACUCGCUCACGCCCUGAGACCCAGAGGAGGAGAUGAAGGAGCCACGGGACCUCCCUGCAGAGCCCGGGCGGAGGCAGCUGCGCGAGCACAGGGAUCUCCCGUCGGACUGGAGAGGGAGGGGAAGCAGGUCCGUGCUCCCUGGGAGAUGAUUUGUGGUGGCCACGGAGAGCCAGGAGUCUCCUGGCUCCACUCUGCCCCAGCUUCACGCUGUGCCCCGGGGCAGAUGAGUCGGGAUGAAGCUGUUGCCUUAACUCCCUGGAAGGUACCUUGGAGGACCCUUCUCCUGCCAAAGGGAUCCUCCCUCCCAGGCCGUGGAUCGCCACAUCCCGGGCGUGUUCCGGUGCCAGAUGUGUGUGGUUGGAGUGAUGUGAGUUUGUUCAUGGAGUGGGAGCCACAGCGAUGGCUGGGCCUCUCCGGCCGCGUGCCGGGCACUGCUGGGAGCUCUCCUGGGUGUGGAGGGGCUCUCCCGGGCAUUGAUGGCUCUCCCCCUCUAUGUUUCGGGUGCCCCUUGCUGCAGGAGGCUCUUCUGGGUGUGGGGAGCUCUCCUGGACAUGUGUCAGGCUCUCCUGGGCACAGGCGUCUCUCUUGGCCCCGUGUCAGGUCCACCUCAGCGUGGGGGGCUCUCCUGGCCGUGGGCCGGGCACUCCUGGGGGUCUCUCCUGGCCACCCUGGCGAGGUCAGCUGGUGCCAACAGCAUUAACACUGGGAAGGGCAUGGAUUAGCUUCUCCCCAUGUUCUGCUGCUGUAGGGCAGAGGUGGGGAGGAGCAGACAUUUCCAAGCUGGGACUGCCCUCGGGUAACUCAUUCUACCUCACAAACAGGAAGCGCUCCAGGCUCUCCAGCCUCGGUGGUCGUGGAUCGGCUCCUGUGCUUCUGUCAAGUUUUGCUGUUACUGAACUAAACUAAACUAAACUAUAAACUAAACUAGUGAUUUGCAAACCCUGGAAACUCACCCCGCUGCCCCCUCCCUGUGAAGGGACACCCGGGAAAGGGACACCCGGGAAGGGUCAUCCUGUGCUGGGGGCUGGACUCGGAGAGCUCAGAGCGCCCGGGGGUCUCUCCCCCGGCUCCGCCGUGGCCUUGGGCAAGUCACUUCACCUGUUUGCCUCAGUUUCCUCAUCUGUAAAAUGAGGGUGGUACCUCCCGUGGUACCGACCUACCUCCGGGAGCAGGGAGGGUGCCUGGAGCCUGGCUUUGGAGGAAGGGAAGGCACUGGAGCCAAGGUCAGCUCGGGGUUGGCCUGGCUGCUGCAGCUCCGAGCUCUGAACUCCGGUCUCGUGGUCCUGGGAUCGCUGUGGAGCUGUGUUGAACUGCAUUAGGUUUUACAAGAGAAAGGGUGAUUUUGGGAAUGGCGUGGUGCUCUGGGCGGUGUGGGAGCUGAGGGCGCUUCGCUGCAGGCUCCUCCGAGCUGCUCUCUGGGUUCCAGGGUUUCUGUCAUGGAAUUGUGGGAUGGAUGAGGCUGGAAGGGACCACGGGGGGUCAGCCAGUCCCACCCUCUGCUUGUGCAGGGUCCCCUCGAGCAUGAAACUCAGGGCUGUGCCCGGCUGGGGACAGGGACAGGGAUGGACUCGACCUGCGCUGCUCUGGAGGUGGCCAUGAAGGAUGUGAGGGACAGACAAGGCUGGGAGAGCCUUGAGAUCCUCCUGGAAUGUUCCAGAAGGUGUAGUGAGCUUCAGGGAGGGUCUGCAGCCCCGGAUCUCGCUAAUCUGUAAAGCAAAAGCCUUUUGUGCACAUAAACCAAAAAGAGAAGCUUUUACACCGAAACACCACCGGGCACAGCCAGGCCUCACUCCUGGCCCUGGGGGGGUGAGCAGGGGCCCCCCGUUUGCUGCUGGCUCUGAUCCAGGGAAUUUCUGUUUGCCUGGGUUAAAACAGAUCAUUCCCACAUGGAACACCCUGAAACCAGCAGUGGAGGGGCUGCAGGGAUGGGUCUGGACCUGUGGCUGCUCCUCCUGGGGGGUGAUUCCCAUGGGGGUCAGAGACCUGAGUGCUCCCCCCAGGAGGGCCCUGGGUGUCCCUGAUCCUUCAGGGGUUGGCAGGGAUGUCACCCCUGUCCCUGUGUCCGGCCAGCCUGGCUGGGAGCUCCAGUUCCAUGUUGGGAGAGCCAGAGCUUUACUCCGUGCCAGAUUUCGUUCUUUUUCCACCACCAUGGGCAAACCUGGCUCCCUCCUGUCCCUACUGUCCUUGGUGACCUUGGGGACGCCAACCUACCUCCCCUGGGGCAGCCUGAGGUGUUUGAAAAGUGCUUUGGGAUCCUGGGGUAGGAGAGGGAGUUGCAGAGGGGAAAUUCCAGCAGCGUCCAGGUCACGGAGCCUCCGAGGGCCCUGCUCUGAGCCCAGGCUCACUCCCAUCCCCAACACAAAAUUCACUUUCCCCAUUCUCAGUGGAUCCAGGUCUCUCAUCAGAGUAAUUGAGCAGAAGAAGAAAGAACAAGAGUUGAAUUUGCUGUCUAACCUUUUCGUUAAGUUAAUCGUAGGUACUGACCUCCUGCUAUUUAAGUGUUUACUAUCUAUUUGCUGUAAAGUUUUGUAUAUUUUGUAAACUUUUCCCUCCCCAAAUCGUAGAUGUCUAAAAUCGUUGUACAUCGGGUUCUUUUCUACUCCAUUGUUCAGCACAAAGUGUGGUUUUUAUUUAGAAUAAUAAAACGGAAAACAUGGA